UCUGAAUGCCUUUUCUCACCCGCCGCAGACCCUGAGGCUUGCACCACGAGAAUCGCAAAGAUGCCGCCGAUACGCACGUCCCGCAACCGCAAACCUCCCCCGGCGGGGUUCGACGACAUCGAGGACACCCUGCUCGAAUUUAGCAAUAAGAUGAAGGAUGCGGAGAAUGCGUCGCAUGACGGCAAGAAGAAGCACGAGAUGCUAUGGCCCAUCUUCCAGAUAACUCAUCAGCGCUCCCGGUACAUCUACGACCUGUAUUACGAAAAAGAGGCCAUAUCAAAGCAGUUGUAUGACUGGCUUCUCAAGAACAACUAUGCAGAUGCCAAUCUAAUUGCCAAAUGGAAGAAGCAAGGAUAUGAGAAGCUCUGCUGUCUGCGCUGCAUCCAGACCAAGGAAACCAACUUCAACGCGACGUGUAUCUGCCGCGUCCCGAAAGCUCAACUCAAGGAGGAUCAAAUGAUUCAAUGCGUUAGUUGCGGCUGCCGAGGCUGCGGCAGUAGUGAUUAAUUUACAGUUGCCAUAUUCCCCCCCAGCAACCGCUUUGGGGGAGCAAGAAGAAAGGUGCACAGGUUGCUAUCUGCUCGGAAGUCGAAAUGGGAAUUCCAUUCUGAAGCGGCAUCCAAUGUGCCUGUGAGACGGAUGGUCGGCGCUUCAUUACCUUUUCUAUCUUCUCCCCUCCCCUUGGUUCCCCUUCAAUUUUCCAUUUCCUCUCUUUCUUGCGUUUCUUCUCCCUUCAAGUCUCGGUUCCUUAUGAGCAAUGUGAUACCCUCCGAAAAAAACCGUCAUGUAUUAAGUUUUCCACGAUAAUCUAUUCCCAUGCCAAAAGAGUACAAUAUUGUAUCACUCCUGG